CGUGCUGAAUCUUGCCACCUGUCUCCCUGCCUUCUGAUAUCUGAGACAGCAUCCUGGAGAAAAAAUAUAGCAAGGAAGAAUGAUAGAUAUAUGUUCCCAAGUCUCCAGGCUUGGGAAUAGAUCGCUGCAGUAAUCCUUGGUUGUAAAAUAUAAUAUCUUAAGUGAGCAUCUGUUAGCUGACACAGAAAGAGGACUUGAAGGGAAAAUACAUUCACAACUCACAGAUGUUAUCUUUCAUGGUGUUGUGGUGGGAAUCUGUGUUUUAAGUCACCCCAAUGGAUGCGGAGAGUGAUGUUGCAUUGGACAUUUUAAUUACAAAUGUAGUUUGUGUCUUCCGAACAAGAUGUCAUUUAAACUUGCGAAAGAUUGCAUUAGAGGGAGCAAAUGUGAUAUACAAGCGUGAUGUUGGCAAAGUAUUAAUGAAGCUUAGGAAACCCAGGAUUACAGCUACAAUUUGGUCCUCAGGGAAAGUAAUUUGCACAGGAGCUACAAGUGAAGAAGAAGCUAAAUUUGGUGCCAGACGAUUAGCCCGUAGUCUUCAGAAACUAGGUUUUCAGGUGAUUUUUACAGAUUUUAAAGUUGUCAAUGUUUUAGCAGUAUGCACCAUGCCUUUUGAAAUCAGAUUGCCAGAAUUCACAAAAAACAACAGACCCCAUGCUAGUUAUGAACCAGAGCUUCAUCCUGCAGUGUGCUACAGAAUAAAAUCUCUCAGAGCUACUUUACAGAUCUUUUCAACAGGAAGCAUCACAGUUACAGGGCCAAAUGUAAAGGCUGUUGCCACUGCAGUGGAACAGAUUUAUCCAUUUGUGUUUGAAAGCAGGAAAGACAUUUUAUAAUUUGCCACUUCAUGGUUACGUGAACUAACUAAGCACCUUUUAUAAGACUGCUGCACAUUGGACUAAAAGCAAAAAAAGGUGGGGGGAAAAGGACAACUGGACCAACACAGCUGAGGAGGUGCAAAUUCUUGGCCACAGUGAUAAACUCCAGUACCUUUUGGAUUUUAUUUUGGACAAUGCUGUAUUGUAAAAACAAAAGUUUACAAGAUAUGAAAUUGCUGCUUUUUACAAGACAUUCUAUUUAUUUCUGCAGUAAUUUCUGUGUGUUCGUAAGCGGAAUCGUCAUGAUAUGCACUAACUUCGGAAACACUUCUUUAGGUUGAGCUUGUGUUUUUAUUUGUGAAUAGUCUUUUACAUUUUUGUACGCUGACCGUUGGGCACCAAAGAAGCUGUAGACGUUACCUUUUUCACCUGACAAACGUGCACAAAUAAAAGUCUGCAAAAUCUUUCUCCA